AUGCUCGCGCGAAGACAGCUCGCCGGAGCUCCGAGCACCACCAGCUCGCUGGUAGUCGUGGCCAGCCGGCUCAUGGCUGCGCAGCAACACCAGACGCGAGGAUACGCUACACCCGCGGGCCCGCCCCCCAAGAACUUCCGCACGAGCAGGCACACCGAGUGGCCGUGGGACAAGGAGAAGACGCUGGACCGGCUGGGCAAGUACUUCCUCUUGACCGAGAUGGCGAGAGGCAUGUACGUCUUGAUGGAACAGUUCUUCCGACCUCCAUACACCAUCUACUAUCCCUUCGAGAAGGGACCUAUUUCCCCCCGAUUCCGUGGAGAGCAUGCCCUUAGACGGUAUCCUUCUGGCGAAGAGCGCUGUAUCGCGUGCAAGCUGUGCGAGGCUAUCUGCCCUGCCCAGGCCAUCACCAUUGAGGCCGAAGAGCGUGCCGAUGGAUCCCGCCGAACGACCCGCUACGACAUCGACAUGACCAAAUGCAUCUACUGCGGCUUCUGCCAGGAAUCGUGCCCCGUUGACGCUAUUGUGGAGAGCCCCAACGCCGAGUAUGCCACCGAAACGAGAGAAGAGUUGCUGUACAACAAGGAGAAGCUUUUGUCCAACGGAGACAAGUGGGAGCCUGAGCUGGCGGCUGCCAUUCGCGCGGAUGCGCCCUACCGAUAA